CGGUGCGGAGCGGGGGCAGCGCUGCCGCCCGCCCCCCUCCAGCCCCCUCCCGCCCGCCGCCUGAGCUGCACCAAACAGCUCUCGGGUUUGUGCUGAUAGCGCAGCCUCAAGACAUGGCUCGAGUUGGCUCCUCGCUCUUAUGCAUUCAGCAGCCCUCUCGCUCCUGCCACAAGCGACCAGCUCCUGCCUCCUCCUGCUGCUGCUGCUGCCGGGACGAGCCAAAACCCACUCCGGAGAUGCGGCUGCAGGACUGCGGCUCUCUUACAUCUCCCCAGCCGCCGCUGCCGAGCGCCCGGCUGCUUCUCCAGCUAUCUUAAAGGAAGAGAGCGGGAGAGCCAGCGGCUAUCUAGGACUCCUUCCUUUUAUUUAUUAACUCAAGCCUUUUGGAAAAGGUACUUUGCGCUCUCUUCCAUCCCCCACCUCCCCCACUGCGGUUCUCGGCAGAAACUAAUUAAACCCACUCGCCCUUGGUGCAGCCUAAGACAGUGUAUGAAUAUUUCAGUGUCUCACAGGCAGUCCUGUAAAGCGAUCACAGUAUUAUUAAAAGGGGCACAAGAGGAGGAGGAGGAGGGUUGAGUUUGCCGCUGCGGUUUUUGUUUUGGUCUGCUUUUUUUUUUUUUUUUUUUUUUUUUUUUUUGAUUCUGCUGCAAGACGACUUGACGCAUUCUGGCACUGGCUCCUACUCCUAACCAGCGCAUCUCACUCGGAGCAGGCUUUUCAUCCAUCCCUUCUUCAAGCCUCUCCAUCCCCACUCAUUCUGCAGACUCUGAGCCUCCUCUGCCUCUCACCCUCCUGCCAUCCUCCACUGAACUGCCCUUGGACUUUCUGUUCUCUUCCAUUCUUGUCCCCACUCUUGAGCCCCUCUCCCUCUUUUCUCCUCCCCUGGCCCUGGUUCCCACCUCCUUUGUGCCACAAUGACUGUGAUGGCUGGAGAGAACAUGGAUGAGACUUCUGCGCUACCUGGCCACCCCCAGGAUAGCUACCAGCCUGCUGCCCAUGAUGACCAUGAGUGCUGUGAGCGUGUAGUGAUAAACAUUGCUGGACUACGCUUUGAGACGCAGCUGAAGACAUUAGCCCAGUUCCCCAACACACUGCUGGGCAACCCCAAGAAGCGCAUGCGGUACUUUGACCCCUUGCGCAAUGAGUACUUUUUUGACCGGAAUCGGCCCAGCUUUGAUGCCAUCCUCUACUACUACCAGUCUGGAGGGCGGCUUCGCCGGCCGGUCAAUGUGCCCUUGGACAUGUUCUCUGAGGAGAUAAAAUUUUAUGAGCUGGGUGAGGAGGCCAUGGAGAAGUUCCGGGAAGAUGAAGGGUUCAUCAAAGAUGAGGAGAGACCCUUACCGGAGGGGGAGUACCAGCGCCAAGUAUGGCUCCUCUUUGAGUACCCAGAGAGCUCUGGGCCUGCAAGGGUCAUUGCAAUAGUCUCUGUCAUGGUGAUCCUCAUCUCCAUUGUGAUUUUCUGCCUAGAGACAUUACCUGAGCUGAAGGAGGACAAGGAGUAUACAGUGCAUCGCACUGACAACACCACCCAGGUCUACAAAUCCAACAUCUUCACAGAUCCUUUCUUUGUUGUGGAGACCCUGUGCAUCAUCUGGUUCUCCUUUGAGCUGGUGGUGCGCUUCUUUGCUUGCCCCAGCAAGACUGAAUUCUUCAAGAAUAUCAUGAACUUCAUUGACAUUGUAGCCAUCAUCCCUUACUUCAUCACCCUGGGCACUGAGAUGGCUGAGCGGGAGGGGACUCAGAAAGGAGAGCAGGCCACCUCCUUGGCCAUCCUGAGAGUCAUCAGACUGGUUUUCGUUAUUCUGCACAAGAAACAAGAACAGGUGACAUUUCUGCAUGUGUAUCAUCACAGCACUAUGCUGUUCAACUGGUGGUCAGGGGUGAAAUACGUGCCUGGAGGACAAGCUUUCUUUAUUGGGAUGCUAAACUCCUUUGUACACAUCUUCAUGUAUGGCUAUUAUGCCCCGGCCAGCCUGGGACCACAGAUGCACUGUUACCUGUGGUGGAAGUGUUACCUAAUCAUCAUGCAGCUGGUCUUUGAGUUUGCUGUUUAUGGAAAUCACCAUGUCCUUAGGUUUCCUAAUGUAUCACUAAUACAGGUGAACUGGAUGAUUAACUGCUCUGAAUGGUACUCUCAGGAAACUACCAAGAGGCUUUCAGUGACUGCAUCAGCUUCCAACACUUAUCCCUUUUCUGCUUUACAUUGCAACCUUUUCACCCUCUGGAACUCUGAAAACAUCUUGAUCUUGAGAGUGCCAGUUUGUGGCCAUUACUGUUCAUUCUUCCUACAACCUCUUCAGAGAAUGCCCGUUCCCUGAUGGUUUCAACAUCGCAGUCUUCCUUUACAUUCUCAGCCUCAUUACUCUCUUCCUACACUACUACUAUUGGACGUACGCUAGGGGAUAGAAGAAGAAGCUAACUUAAAGAAAACCAAAGAGGAGAGUGAGCAUAUUUGCAAGAUCUCUGCUGCUUCUGUCAUGAUUGCAUGAAAAAAAAUGUAUUUGGGGAGUGUAUGUGAAGCUCUUGUGUGCAAACCCUUGGUUGCCUUCAAAUAUUUUGAGUUAGGAAGAGAAAAUGAAUAGCAUAAACUCAAGAGUUAAGAUAUUAAUGAGCUCACUUACUUGAAGCUGGUACAAAGCCAAGCCACAUAGUAAUCAAUACAGAUGUCUUUGUGAAAUUAGCACCAGAAGAGCUCCACUUUCCGUUCCAUCUGUCAGCAUGGUUUGCAAAGUCUAUCAUUCAACCAUGACUCCUUGACUCAUUUCUGUAGAGUUUCUUUCCAUUCAUAAGACCAUCUCAGCUUACCAUUGUAGAUCAGGCAGGCUCAGGUGCCUCCAGCCUCAAAGCAGUGUCCAUGUGACAGCAGCAGCCAGGAAUUACUGUAACUGUGAGAUGCACUCAUGUGUACACUUCACCCCAGCCUUUCCUAUUGAGGAAACUUCCAGUAGUACUGGGAUGAAUUACAGCUAUAUAGCCCUUAUGUUUUCACUUUAUGUUAGUGUAACCAUGAAGAUAUUAUUGGAUAUUACUUUGUCCAACUGAACAGCUGCCUCUGUUCUUUCACUGUUCUGAAGCUAAAGACGGCACUAUUGUCUCUAAUCUGUCAUACAAACCUUUCCAUCCUGACUAGGAAACUAGUGCAGUAAGAAUCAUAAUGUAACACUUUCUGGAAUGCUUGUUUGCCUUUUAUUGCUUUCAUAUUAAUAGAGAAGUUUUCAUGCAUGAAGACUUUUGGUAUUGCUUGCUAUAGAUGCCGUAUUUUUGAAUAAGAAAAAUAAAUUGAGACUCUCCAUUCAUAA